GUCGCAGGAAGAGGAGGCAAAAGCACGGAGAUAGGAGGAGGGAGGGCAGAGCAGCGCUGGAGGACCCAUGGCGAGGGCAAUUCUAGAUGAGGGCGUUUUUCUGGCCGACGAGAUCAAUGGCAUCAUCAAAGACUCGAUCGACGAAGCCAUUGUCAGUUCGCAGUUCAACCACGAUAAGGUUACGCACUGGACCAAUGGAAUCGCCGAGGUGUGCAUGAAGCGCCUGACCAAUUUAGCCAAGCCUUUCAAAUACAUCGUGACGUGCGUCAUCAUGCAGAAAAACGGAGCAGGAAUGAUCACAGCGACCUCUUGCUUUUGGGAUCGAGAUACCGAUGGGAGCCGCACCAUCCGGUGGGAGAACAAGUCGAUGUACGUGAUUGUUACUGUCUUCGGAAUUGCGAUCUGAGGCCGUGGAUCAGAGCUGCACCGGAUAGAUGAAUUUUGACGAAGAUUCCCACCGAUUCCCUAGAUGCUGCGCAGCCUCGGAGGCCUCGCACUGCACGAAAACUUAGGGCUCACAUUUGCCGUCAGUGGAGCACUGCUGUAGCCAUUUGGCACUCGCUCGCGCACUCCAUCACAAGGCUGGAAGUCAUCAUCCCAUCUAAUGUGUCUUGUCUCGGUCAUCCCCCGAGCUUAUGAACUCGACGCAGUCUUGCCACUUUCCCGAUGUCAGUGAGAGCCGAGGAAAGGGAAACGUGACCCCCUCGCCCUCGACCCCCAUGGCAAACUCCGGCGGUCCAAAUGUCAGUGAUAAGGGACGUUGUUUUCUAGCGAGAUUUUGCGUAAUUUACCCCUAUGGCUUUCGUCGUAACGAAGGCUCCGAUGAUGUAAGCGAUAAGGAUCCUGUUUCACUCGCCAUUGUUUAUCAUAUUGCUCCCGUUGUUUUGGACUG